GGUGUCGACAUAUUCUGUCCGGAGUGACAGAAUUUGUUCGUUCGAUUGACGAAAUUUGCUCUGCUAUAUGUGGACGAGAGAAUUUGGCAGUUCCUUUCCGACGAGCACAUCGAUAGAAUACGAGCAUUCCUGCCGCCGUCGAGCCUGUUCGCUUCCGUGCGCAGGCGGUGGAACCUGAGAGGGAGGCUCGGAGGCGGAGACGGUAUCUGAUGGGAUAAUGUGGAUGAAGCGCACAGACUUGGUAUAAAGAGCUGCCAUGGGGGAAUUCGAGUCACAAUCCGACGCCUGGGAAGCUAGGAAGUCCGAUUGCGAUUCUAUGCCGCCCCCGGUUCCGAUUCCGAGUCGAAGGGUGGCGAGACUCAGUCCAUCGCUGAAACGAGAAAAACUGACAGCGCUCCCUCGUCGAUCUGAACAGGAACGGAGGUUAAGGCCAAGUACGAGGGCGUCAUGGCGCGUCUCAAAUCCCGCUUGGAAUUGUCUCUUUACGGCAAGAGAUUUUUCCAGCGAAUGCAGGUGGCGCUGCGAAGUGGAUGGGCGUGCUUGUUUGCAGGAUGCGUCGUGCAAUUCGGCUCGCCCAUGAACCACUGGCUGGCCAUUCCCUUCUUCUCUCUAGUCAUCUGCCUGAAUAUCAUCGACUCGAGCAUUGGCGCAGUUCUGCGAACUUCUGUCAGUGUCGUGGUCGGGAUGCUGGAAGCCAUGACGGCCGGGACUCUCCUUUAUUUGAUUCUCGGGACCGACAUGUCGCUGGUGUUGACCAUUUUUUGCGUCUUCGUCUGCAGCUUCUGCGUAGCUUAUCCGACGAGGCUGGUCGGUCAAGAGAUGGCCAGAAAAAGUGUCGCUUGCGCUCAUAGGAAUAAUUUUCACGGGCGCAUACAAUGGAAUGAACGACGGGAGCCUUUUAUUUCUCGUCCGACUGAUGUGCACGACUGAUGUUUGGAGUCUUUUGCGCCCUUCUCGCGGUUUGCAUUCCAGUUCCCGGGCUAGCCUUUUGGGAGGUGCGGGACAGCGCUAAGUCCACUGUGAAGGGAGCCUCGAAACUCUACAGGACGUUGACGGAGGCAUUUUGCGCCAAGGAAGUGAGCAAGAUGUCGUCAAUUUUUCUGCACGCUAAAUUCCUGGCGAAAACAGCUGCAAUCAGUCUGGAGGAUCAUAAUAAUAAAUUGGGCGAUGCCUACUGGGAGUUGCGAGGGCUGAACAUAAUCCCAUCACUGAAGCGGAUGACCGAGGGGCUGAAUGUGCUCAAACUGCACAUGAUGGGCAUGUGCAUGGCCCUGCAGUCAGGACUGAUUUUGCAGUACAUGCCCGGGACGAUGGUUGUGAUUCUGAAGGACAACUUGAAACGCCUCGUAGAUCGCAGCAAGCAGAUGCUUGAUCUCACAGUGAGGUUGAAGAAGUCCAAGUCGGCACUGAUCCUCAAAGAAUCGCUGCUGGAAUUGGCUAAGAAAGAUCUGAACUCUUUUGACCAUACCCUGAAGGAAGCUAGAGAGAAGAGUUACUACAUCAAGCUCAAAGACGAGGAUGAAAGCCUCCACAAGAUCAUCACCAACGCCAAUCCAGAGGAGCAAAUCACUGCUGCCGACAAGGGAGUGAAAAACCUCUUCCAAAGCAUGGUGCCCACUUACUUUUUCCUCUUCAACCUCAGACUCUACUACACGGAGACGAUGCAGAUGCUCGACUGCGGAGAGGUGGCCGACCCCAUCCAAGACAUCGGCAACACAAGCUUCCACAUGCCCGUGCUGCACCACGAGGUCCAGGACGGGCUUGCCGAUACAGUGCAGGUGGUGGUGACUCCCGUGUCCGAGGAGGAGGCCAGAGAGCCGCUCAAGAAUCCCAUGCAUAGAGCGGAGCAUGUAGUUCCUCUGGGCGACGAGAAGGAUGCCGGACUAGCAGCAGAUCCACAGCACGCGACGUUCAGCAGGACUCUGUCCAACCCCAUCACAUUCAAGUGCAUGGUGUGCCAGCGCCUGAAGAAAGAGCAGGCGGCCGCAGGACCUCAGGAGGACAUAGCGGAUGCUCCUUUGACGUGGUUAGUGAAGCAAGGGUGGAAGCGGUUCAAGCGAGAGCAGGCCCUCAGGGCUUUCAAGGUCUCGUUGGCUAUGUCGCUUGCCGCCCUGGCAGGCUGCAUGUACAACGAGGCCUACGCAUUCUGGGCCAUGGUGUCGGUGGCCUUCAUCAUGCAGAACCAACAGGGCGGAUCGUUCCGCAUGGCUAAUCUCAGGCUUCAGGGGACCGUGCUCGGGUCCAUUUACGCGUAUUUGAUGUUGAAUCUGAUGAGCAAGCAUCCCCAGCUGCUGCUCCUGGCCCUGGUUCCGUGGGUUGUGCUGCUCAGCUAUCUUCGGUUCAGCAAACUGUUCGGAGCAUCCGGGGUCAUCGCCGGUCUGACGGCAGCCAUCGUCAUGCUGGGAGCCGAGGGAGGAAUGUCCAUCCAACAACUGGCGGUUGUCAGGAUCACCCAGAAUUUUAUCGGAGUGCUGGCUCUGAUCCUCGUCGAGACGAUUAUCUGGCCGGAGAGAGCAGUCAUUUUGUCGAGGAGAGAGUUGGUCUUGAGUUUGAUCGACCUCAGGGACUGCGUCAAGGCCGUGGUCGCGGUGUAUACCGGGCAUCAUUGCCCCGAGCAUAGGAAACUCGUGGUCCUGGACAUCAAGAAGCUGGAGGGCCAGAUUCGUGCCAGGAUUGCUGAUCAGACGAUACUUCAGAGCGAGGUGGUGAUGGAGCCCGAAUUGUGGAGCCAUCCGUUCCCGGCAGAAAUAUAUUCCAAGCUGUUGCACAUCCAAAGCCGCAUGCACGAUUUGCUCCACUUCAUGGUGUGCUCGCUGCACGCUGCCACCGAGGAGUGCUUGAGCGAGCAGAUUCGCAAGCUGGUGGGCCCUCUCCAGACUUCGCUCGUCGCAUUGGAGGACGAGGUGCUGUCGUCUCUGCAUCUCCUGCAGGAGCUCCUGCAAAUCGGCCCCAACACGCUCGAUGUCCUGUCCAAGGCCUCGGGCUGUGACGACGAAGAAAGGCAGUUGUGUCGAAUCCCAUCCCGUAGCGAUAAGUCUUUCAAGGAUCUGCGCAAGAUGCUGGGGCGAGUGCAUCCUCUGCUGGUGCUGGAAUGCGAGGAGAGAAACAUCGAUGGAACUCCGAUGUCCCUGAAGAGAACGAUGGAUGCCUUCGAGGCCAGCUACGAGCAGGUGGUAUCGGGUUUCAUCGCCAACAAGAAGGCCAAUCCGGAAGCUUCCAUCUUGAGCAACGCUGCCAUGCUUUCUUUCAGUGCCCUCACCUUCAGCUUACAGUCUCUUCUGGGCGAGACGGUGGAGCUGGAAAAGGCAGUGCACGAGCUUCUACACUUCGAGAAUCCUUGGAGCGUUCUGGACUUCUGGGAAUCCUUUCCAGGUGCGGACGAAGAGUGCCCCAUUUGUGUCAACGCUAAUGCGCAUGCACCCCACGAUCAUGCUCCACAUGAGUGAAUUGUAAAUGCACGACUUCCCCAUACCUCCCCCCUGAGUGUACUUUGCGCGAAUCGGUGAACACUUUGAUUGCCACAUUCAUUUGAGGGCAAAUUGCUCCGGAGAAAGCAACGGGCCUGAUGUGCCAGCACUCCGAAGUGGAAUUGCGGGCGCAAGCAGUGCUAGAUCUUCUCUACUAUACUGUACAAUAGAGAUUGGAAAAAAUGCUACAGAUCGAUUACGUUGCAAUUUUGUAUCAUACAGUUGGCUCGCAAGGGUAGUGCACGUUGUUCAAUUUUGAGCUUGUAACAACACAUUAUGGAUAUAUAUGUACGAGAGGACACAACCUCGAAGUCAUAAAAAUUCAUAUAUACAUAUAAAUAAAUAAAUAUUCGG